AGUUGGAGUUGACUCUAGACGUGAUACGAUCAGAAAUACACUUACCGUUUAGGCCUGAACAAGGAAUUUCGGAAAUUUGGGAUUUGAUUGAUAUAAGAGAUUCUAAGAUGGCAAAUGAUGCGGGAACAUGGGCAGAAAGGGCUACAGAUGAUAUGCUGACUGGUCCAGACUGGGAUAGUAACAUUGAACUCUGUGAUAUUAUCAACAUGGAUCCUAGUCAAGCAAAAGAAGCAGUGAUGGUGCUGAAGAAGCAGUUAGGAAGUGAAAACCCUAAAGUCCAGAUUCUUGCACUUCAUGCGUUGGAGUCUUUAAGUAAGAAUUGUGGUGAGAACGUGGCCAAGCUAAUCGUUGACUGUGAACUUUUGAUUGACAUGGUCAACAUAGUGAAGGAAAAGCCUGGCCUAAAUGUGCGGGAAAAAAUUCUAAAUUUGCUAGACAUAUGGCAAGAAGCUUUUGGUGGACGUGGUGGUCAAUACUCACAAUACUACAAUGCAUAUAAUGAACUAAGGUCUGCUGGAAUUGAGUUUCCACCUCGAACGCAAAGUAGUCCACCGUUGUUUACUCCACCUCAGACUCAGCCCGUUCUAUCAGAUGAAGAUGUUGCUAUUCAAGCGUUGCUCUUAGGAGAUGAUGUUUCUAGCCUCAGCAUGGAAGAGAUUCAAAGUGCCGAGGGAUUAGUUGAUGUUUUGAUGGACAUGCUUGGAGCACUUGAUCCCGGUAAUCCCGAGGGUUUGAAAGAAGAACUCAUAGUUGAUUUAGUGGAGCAGUGUCGUACUUAUCAAAGACGUGUAAUGACUCUUGUGAACACUACAACAGACGAGGAGCUUAUGUGCCAGGGACUGGCAUUGAACGAUAAUUUGCAAUGUGUUCUUCAGCAUCACGAUGAUAUGGGCUCUGUUACUUCAAAUAGAGGCAGCAUGACAACUCCUCCAGUUCAGCUAGUCAACAGCAAUCAUGAUGAUGGCAGUGACGAAUCAGAUGAUUACUUUCAGCUUUCUCACAGGUCUAAUAGAGAGUUGACCUCGAUGCUUCCUCCUCCACCACCACCACCUACAGGGAGACCAGUACAUGAGACUGAUUCAAGCAUGGUGGAUGAUGUCAAUAAACUCAAGGCUCCUUACAAGGAGUAAAGCGUCCUCGUCCUCCUGCUGCUUCAUCUUCUGCUUUAGAUUAAAUUAUUGUGUCUUUAUUUUGUAAGCCUUUAUUAUACCUCAUUUUUCACCUUUUCACUUCACAUACAAGUUCUUAUUUUGAGUGUCAAUUUUAAUUUAUUUUUAUUAUUCUACAUAGUGGUUGCUUAUCUUCAACAUGAA